AUGUGUACCAAUCUGGGACUGGAAUGCAUCUACACUCCAUCCAGCACGUCGACCAACGUGAUUGUCCAGAAAGAGCUGGAAGCACCGGCAAGUCUAGCCCAGACAGAAGCCUUAACCAACAUUGCAGACAUUGAAGAUUCGGUGGAUGCGAUGGGCACUGUGGUAUUUGCCGAUGAAGAAGACUGCGGAUUUUUUGGUCCAUCAUCCAACAUCGCCUUUCUACGUCAUUUGUCUCGUGCAGUAUCAUAUAACACCAGUUCCCCAGUGGCGGCUAGUUGCCCUUCUCCUACUGCAAAGAUGUCGUUGGACGGCGGCUUUGUCAAUGCAUCUCGUCCCCCGUCACCAGGAUUGGGUGGUAUUGAUCUCACAUCUCAAAAGCAAAAAGAGACAGACAUCUUCGCACUUCCACCUCCUCACGAAACUUCUCAGCUUGUGCAUAAAUACUUCACCGAUACUGGCCUUCUUUUCCCCUAUAUCUAUCCUCCUUCAUUCCUUGAAACGUACCGAGGUAUGACCGAAAAUAAUCUCAAGGUUCGACGGACGUGGCUUGGCCUGCUCAACAUGAUGCUUGCAAUGGUCAAGAUCACUGCUCCUAGCGUGGAGCCAGCGGAGCAGCGCAUUAACGCGGCCGAUGUGUUCUACAAGCGCGCUGUAAGCUUAUGUGGCAAGGAGAUGUUGCGGGGGACCACUUUGGAAGUGGUGCAAUAUUUGUUGCUCAUGGGCCAAUACAUGCAAGGUACUCAGAAAUCAGUUCAGGCGUGGACUGUUCAUGGGCUGGCUGUAAAAGCCGCCCUUCAACUUGGCCUUCAUUCUAAAGAUGCUUCAAGAGUCUUCUCGCCGCAGGAGCAAGAAAUCCGAAAAAGGACAUGGUAUGGAACUUUGAGCAUGACUCUAGGGCGGCCGGCGGCAAUACCCGAUAGUUUCGUCAGGCUCGAUCUUCCAACGAAUGAUAUCAAUGGCGAUGGUCCUACACCAAUGCCGAUUGUGGACGGGCUAACUUUUCAAAUGAGCGUGGACUUUUUCAACUCCACCAUCCUACUGUAUAAGCAACUCUUCAACAUUGUUGACCUGCUUUAUGGUCAGAACCUUGGAUGUGAUCCACCGCUCACAGUCAGCGAGAGUGUCGGGCACAUCCUUUCGGUCGAACAUCAUUUUGUUGCCUGGGAAAAAGCCCUUCCCCAACAUAUUAAACUUCUAACAGUAAGGAAGAUUCGUGAGGUCAAUGGCAAGAUGCCCGACCCACCCCAAUUUUUCUCUAUGAAGUUCAGUGUCAUUCUCACUCUUCGAUAUCUCCAUCUGCGCAUACUCCUGCAUCGCCCUAUUCUUGUGAAGUUUCUUGAUGCCCGUGGAAAAGGGGGUAUGGAUCCUGGUGAAGAAAGAUUACUACAACAGAUUGGAUCUAACAGCAUGCAAAUUUGCAUGGAAUCUGCUAUGAGCAUUAUCGAUAUCAUUCACGAACUGGUGCACCCAUUGGAGUGGCAAAAGAGCCUCCUCGGUGCAUGGUGGUACUCUCUUUAUUACACAUUCCAUUCGGCCUUGGUCCUUCUUGGAAUUAUUUGGAUUGGCAAAAAUGGCCAGCAUGCCACAACUUCAAUCUCUUACGACCUUGAGAAACUUACUGCCUACCCUAGCCAAGCAGUCUCGAUACUAGACAAACUAGAUUGCGGCAAUCGUAUCGUCGAUCGAUGUAGAUACUAUCUUGAGCAGUUCCACGAUGCACUAAACCGACGAGCAGGGGAAGCGGACAUUGCCCACUCAGGGGACAUUACUGGUCUCGUGGACAGCUCCGGCUCUAACAUGAAGGCUUCACCGCUGGGCCUGGAGUUCGGCGAGUUCAUGAUGGAUGGAGAUCUAUGGGAUUUACUGAACCGACAAGACGUUUUCCCAAGCGUGUGA